GCAAGGAGUAUUCACUCGUGUGUUGCGACGGUGUCUCACUUGCGAUCAUGGACAACACUGAACUUGCUUGCAGCCAUUGGCUCAUGAUAAAUGCCACUUGCUAAAAGCCAUGGCAAGAACUCUCCGGGCAGCCCCUUGCUGCAUGAUCCUUUGGCUUUUUGGUGGGCCCGUCCAACUCCUUCUGUGGAACAGGACGUUCUCAUUGCCAAGACGGGCCGAGAUCGACCCGGUCACGGAGAACUUCUUGUUGGCUUCGAUAUCAGGUGUGGCCGGCUCGGUCUUCACGUCCUGGGUUAAAGACAUGCAGACGGCACAAACGUCGCUCAGCGACGUGAAGAUGGAGGUGAAUAUGCUGGCGUUGAACACCACCUUUCGCCUGGCUGCUUUGGAGAAGGAACUGAAGAAGAUGAACGAGAAGAUCGACCGCAACCAUGCACAACUGGUUGAGAAGAUCGACCUCAACCAUGCGAAAACUGGUUGAGAUGAUCGCGGCCAGAAAACGCCCUUGGAUUCGCUGAGUGAAAAAACCACAAGAGCAGCGCUAUUGAAGCGUGCAAAGUCGCUGAGGGACUGUCGGAUGUAGGACAGUUGGAUGUAGGAGCACAACCCGACUUGCCCACUUCACCCCUUCCACCCACCGCUUCGCAUCCGCCCCGACCACAGGAGAUGGAUAAGAACAUCGCUCUUGACACAGAGGGUGAUGAGGCAGGGACUGGGAGAAAUAUAAAACUAUCAUUUUUUAUGUUUAAGAAGUAAGG